AUGGCUUCAUCCUCCAAGCCAACCCCUCUGUUGAAAGACGAACUCGACAUCGUCAUCCCCACGAUCCGGAACCUUGAUUUUCUGGAGAUGUGGAGACCCUUUUUUGAACAGUAUCAUCUCAUCAUUGUUCAAGACGGGGACCCGUCUAAGGUUAUCAAGGUUCCUGAAGGUUUUGAUUAUGAGCUGUAUAAUCGGAAUGAUAUUAAUAGGAUCUUGGGUCCUAAGGCGAGUUGCAUCUCCUUCAAGGAUUCUGCUUGUCGUUGCUUUGGGUAUAUGGUUUCUAAGAAGAAGUAUAUCUACACCAUUGAUGAUGAUUGCUUUGUUGCCAAAGACCCAACUGGCCAUGAAAUCAAUGCACUUGAGCAGCACAUUAAGAAUCUCCUUAGUCCAUCCACUCCAUUUUUCUUCAACACCCUUUAUGAUCCAUACAGAGAAGGUACUGAUUUCGUCCGUGGAUACCCUUUCAGUCUUCGUGAAGGUGUCCCCACUGCCGUUUCUCACGGCCUUUGGCUCAACAUACCUGAUUAUGAUGCUCCAACACAGCUUGUCAAGCCCCAUGAGAGGAACACUAGGUUUGUUGAUGCUGUUAUGACCAUUCCCAAAGGAACUCUGUUUCCCAUGUGCGGUAUGAAUCUGGCAUUCAACCGGGAACUGAUUGGACCUGCAAUGUACUUUGGACUUAUGGGCGAUGGUCAGCCUAUUGGACGUUAUGACGAUAUGUGGGCUGGCUGGUGCAUAAAGGUUAUCUGUGACCACUUGGGAUAUGGAGUGAAAACUGGACUGCCAUACAUAUGGCACAGCAAAGCAAGCAACCCAUUUGUUAAUCUGAAAAAGGAGUACAAAGGUAUCUUCUGGCAAGAAGAGAUCAUUCCAUUUUUCCAAGCUGCAACCCUUUCAAAAGAUUGCACCUCUGUUCAGAAAUGCUACAUUGAACUCUCCAAGCAAGUCAAGGAGAAACUUGGAACUAUUGAUCCCUAUUUCGUCAAACUUGCUGACGCCAUGGUCACUUGGGUUGAAGCUUGGGAUGAGAUUAAUAACACCGUCUCUGAAGAGAUAACUUCAACCAAAGCUUCUGAGGUUGCUGCUACCAAGUGA